AUGAAAGCCAAAGAGGAAUCCGUAUAUGCCAGCAUGGGAGCCGAGGUUGUAUGGUUAACAAAACCCCCAGGCUACAGCUCCCAGCCCCCAGCCCCCUGCCCCCAUCCUCUAGCCCCCAUCUUCCAGCCCCCAUCCUCUAGCCCCCAUCAUCCAGCCCUCAUCAUCCAGCUCCCAGCUCCAGCCCCCAGCCCCCAUCCUCCAGCUCCCAGCCCCCAUCAUCCAGCUCCCAACCCCCACUCCCCAGCCCCCAUCGUCCAGUCCCCAGCCCCCAUCUUCCAGCCCCAUCCUCCAGUCCCCAGCCCCCAGCCCCCAUCCUCCAGCCCCCAUCCUCCAGCCCCCAUCUUCCAGCCCCAUCCUCCAGUCUCCAGCUCCCAGCUCUCAGCCACCAUCCUCCAGCCCCCAGCUCCCAUCUUCCAGCCCCAUCCUCCAGUUCCCAGCUCCCAGCUCCCAGUCCCCAGCCCCCAUCCUCUAGCCCCCAUCCUCCAUACCCCAGCUACCAGCCCCCAUCCUCCAGCCCUCAUCAUCCAGCCCCCCCCCUCAUUCAUCCUCCAGUCCCCAGAUCCCAGCUCUCAGCCACCAUCCUCCAGUCCCCAGAUCCCAGCUCUCAUUCACCAUCCUCCACUCCCAGCCCCCAUCCUCCAGCCCCCGGCUCCUAGCCCCCAUCAUCCAGCCCUCAUCAUCCAGCUCCCAGCUCCAGCCCCCAGCCCCCAUCCUCCAGCUCCCAGCCCACAUCAUCCAGCUCCCAACCCCCACUCCCCAGCCCCCAUCGUCCAGUCCCCAGCUCCCAUCCUCCAGCCCCCAUCCUCCAGUCCUCAGCUCCCAGCCCCCAUCUUCCAGCCCCAUCCUCCAGUCUCCAGAUCCCAGCUCCCAGCCCCCAUCUUCCAGCCACCAUCCUCCAGUCCCGAAAUCCCAGCUCUCAGCCACCAUCCUCCAGUCCCCAGAUCCCAGCUCUCAGCCACCAUCCUCCAGUCCCCAGAUCCCAGCUCUCAGCCACCAUCCUCCAGUCCCCAGAUCCCAGCUCUCAGCCACCAUCCUCCAGUCCCCAGAUCCCAGCUCUCAGCCACCAUCCUCCAGUCUCCAGAUCCCAGCUCCCAGCCAUUAUGUUCCAGCCCCAUCCUCCAGUCCCCAGCUCCCAUCCUCCAGUCCCCAGCUCCCAGCCCCUAUCUUCCAGCCCCAUCCUCCAGUCUCCAGAUCCCAGCUCCCAGCCCCCAUCAUCCAGCCCCCAUCCUCCAGUCCCCAGCUCCCAGCCCCCAUCUUCCAGCCCCAUCCUCCAGUCUCCAGCUCCCAGCCACCAUCCUCCAGCCCCCAGCUCCCAUUUUCCAGCCCCUUCCUCCAGUCCCCAGCUCCCAGCCCCCAUCCUCUAGCCCUCAUCCUCCAUACCCCAGCUCCCAGCCCCCAUCCUCCAGCCCCCAGCUCCUAGCCCCCAUCAUCCAGCCUUCAUCAUCCAGCUCCCAGCUCCAGCCCCCAGCUCCCAGCCCCCAGCUCCCAUCUUCUAGCUCCCAUCCUCUAGCUCCCAGCUCCCAUCCUCCAGCUCCCAGCUCCCAGUCCCCAGCCCCCAUCCUCCAGUUCCCAGCCCCCACUCCCCAGCUCCCAUCCUCCAGCUUCCAGUGCCCAGCCCCCAUCCUCCAGUUCCCAUCCUCCAGCUCCCAGUCCCCAGCUCCCAGACCCCAGCUCCCAGACCCCAGCCCCCAACUCCCAGCUCCCAGGCCCCAACCCUACACUUAG